AUGGGGGUAGACUACCAUGACCCGGACCACCCGCGGCUUCGAAAUGUUCAUCCCCCAAUGAAAGUCUCCUUGGCGACUCCGAUCUUCAUUUUCGCCGGUGGAGUGUUCGUGCUCUUCGUCAGCAACCUGUACACACAGUUACAACAUCGACGCCGGUUACGUCGGAUACUCGAGAGCGAAGACGACGACCAGGACCGAUAUGCGCGGAGCAAUACGCUGUCCGCCGCGCUCAACAAACAUGUCUUCUAUGCGCCGCUGCUGUCGACGCGGCAUAGUCGCGAGUUCCGGGUGGGGCGCUGCCACAUGGGGAUCAUCCCACUGCGACUGGAGGCGAUUCUUUUGACCGUGUAUAUUGCGCUGAACGUGGGGUUCUUCUUCGCGACGGUGGACUGGUGGGCCGAGUGGGAGGAGGUGAUGUACCAGCUUCAGUAUACGAGUGGCACGCUGGCGGUGUUGAAUCUGCCCGGGUUGAUCCUCGCGGCGGGUCGCAACAACCCGCUGAUCCCGCUGCUGGGGAUCAAGUUUGAUACGUUCAAUCUGAUUCAUCGUUGGGCCGGGCGCUUGGUUGUUGCGGCCUCGAUUGUGCAUGUCGUCUUGGCGAUUAUCCCUCGGCAGAAGGAGUUGGGUAGUUUGUCUGCUGUGACACAGGUUGUCUGGCACACACCGUUUUUCGUCUAUGGUAUGACGGCUUUUAUCGCAUUUGCGGCUAUCCUUGUGCAGUCCAUCUCGCCUCUCCGACAUGCCUUCUACGAAGCGUUCCUGCAUUUGCAUAUCCUGCUGGCCAUUGCGUCCAUGGUGGGGCUUUGGUACCAUCUGCGUGGCAUGUCGCAGCAAACGGCGCUGUUGGUCACGUUGAUUCUCUGGGGUUUUGAUCGAGCCACCCGCCUGGGCAUCAUCCUCUGGCGCAACGUCGGCAAGCAACGCACGACGGCCACCGUGGAGCUUCUGCCGGGCGACGUCGCCCGCGUGGACGUCGCGCUCGCCCGCCCCUGGACCUUCAAGGCGGGGCAGUACAUGUACCUGUACCUGCCCUCGCUGGGGCUGUGGACCUCGCACCCCUUCUCCGUGGCCUGGACCUCCUCGGACCGCAGCAUUCUGCCGACCGAGAAGCGGAGCUCCAACGACUCGAUCAACCGGCUACUCGGUGGGCCGCAGCAGACGACCAUGUCGUUCCUGAUCAAGCGCCGCGACGGGUUCACGGGGAAGCUACUGUCGAAAGUGCACAAAUCCUGCGACGGGAGCUUCGAAGCGACCGCGCUGGCGGAGGGGCCGUUCGGCGGCCUCCACUCCCUAGCCUCAUACGGCACCGUCCUCCUGAUCGCCGGCGGCAUCGGCAUCACCCACCCGAUGUCGUACCUCCAUGAAUUCGUAACCAACCUCACCUCGCAGACCCAGGCGGUCCGCCGCGUGACCUUGGUCUGGGUAGUGAGGAGUUUAGACCACCUCUCCUGGAUCCAACCCUGGAUGACCUCCCUCCUCAACCACCCCGCCCUGCAAAUGGCCACCCUCCGCAAACGCGAAUCCUACUUCCAGUUUCCCGAGUUCUUCCUGGGCAUCCAAAUCUACGUGAGCAAAAUCGCCGCCUCGGCGGGGAGUAUCGGCAGCACGACCAGUAGCGGCAGCGAGGCCAGCCCCACGCGCUCCGACACCAGCAGCCCCGAGGACUUUUUGGUGGAAUGCUCCCCCUGGGCGAGCGUGGCCCCGUCCUCGGUCCCCGUGGCCAUCCACACGGGUAAACCCUGCUUCGACGAGAUACUGCGGGCGGAGAUGGCGCGCCAGGUGGGUGCCAUGGCGGUGAGUAUCUGUGGGCCCGGGGCGAUGGGGGAUGAUGUGAGGCGGACGGUGAGGGAGUGUCAGGGUGCUGGUGAUGGGGGUGGGGCUGGGUUGAGGGUGGAUCUGUAUGAGGAGAGUUUUUCGUGGUGA